AUGCUGAUAAGAAGAAAAGAUUUCACAAAAACGAUUGAUAUAAGUCCUUCACAUAAUGGUGAGAAUUCAUUAGAUGAUCUUGGAUCAACAAAUAGUGAACCAACAACACGAGCACCAUUAGGUUUAACAACAAAUUUAAAUACAAAUGAACAUUUUCAUAUCGAUUUUCCGAAUUGUUUUCCUCAUGUACAACAGCAACAACAACAACAACAUUAUCAACAUCAUCAUCCAAUUAAAUCAUCAACGGACAUGAUUGAUUCGCGAUCAGCAACUAUUAUAAGAGAUUAUCAUUCACUUUAA